GUUAUAAAAUUGUGUGACUGAAGUGCAAGUGUGACUUCCAAGUUUUGCAGUUAAUUGGAGCGACUGCUGUUUUCUUUUUAGUGAUUGUUUUUGCAGAUUUAAUAACCAGAACGUUUAAGAUUUACAAUACCUAUCGUGCUCGUAAUUUCUACACAGGAAGUAUUAACGAUAGUUGUUAAAAAUGCCGGCCCGUGAUAUUUAUUAUUCCGACAAAUAUUAUGACGAUGAUUUCGAAUACAGACAUGUUGUACUACCAAAGGACAUGGUGAAGCUGGUGCCCAAGAACCAUCUUAUGUCUGAACAGGAAUGGCGCAACAUUGGAGUGCAACAGAGUCAAGGAUGGGUGCAUUAUAUGACACAUCAACCAGAACCCCACAUACUAUUGUUCCGAAGGAAGAUAACCACACAGCAGAAGAAGACUUAAUGUUGAGGGUAAUUUAGAUUUGUACAGUCAUUGAUGUGUAUUAGAUUUUAAACUUUUAAAUAUCUCUCUUAAGAAACUUCAUAUAAAAUCAGGGUCAAGAUACUUAAGAAGGAAGUUUUGUCUUAAUUUAAUACUAUUUGGUUGAUUUAGUAAGUUAAACAUCAAGUAAUAAUGAUUUUCCUGUUCUUUGAAUUAGGAAUUUCAAUCUAACAUUUCUUGUAGUAAAUUCAUUAAAUAUUUCAUGGACAAGCAUAUUCCUACAUAAAGAAGUUAAAGGCUAUGUCAACCUUUUGGCAGCUUAAGGAUAAGUAUGCUGGGCAGUAUGCCUCCAUCUGUGUCAUUUUAAACAGUGAAAUAUGUGAAAUUCUGAUCUGUGAAGAUGUUUAUAAAAAAUAAUAAGAUAUGUAGUUCAUGAAUCUUAUUUGCUAUCAUACCUAAAACUACUGGAUAGAUUUUAGAAUUAAUAGGUUAGUAUACUUUGAAAAAAUUAAGUUUGUUCAAAUGUUAUUUGGUUUAUUAUGGUUUAAUGAUCUUCAUUCCAUUAUUAAGAUUGUUUUAAGUAAGUCAUUAAUUUAAGAUGUCCAGUGCCUUACAUGACAAUGAUGAAUUUCUUAUAGUUUAUAUAAAUUUUAUUCUCAAUGUAUCUUUCUCAAAUUAUAGCUCGUAAUUGUAAUUUUAAAAUCUUUCAAAUUGUGUUUCUUUCAUCUCUAAUUAUGAUAAUAAAUGAAAUGUAAUUUUUAUUCUAGGAUAUUUCCUAAUUAUCUUUAAACAGUGAAUAGGCAUCCAGAUUUUGCAGCAUUUUUUUGGGCUUAUAUUUUACCAACUAUUUUAAUGUGAAACAUUAAGUGCUUGAGAAAAAUAUGUAUCCAUAUUAAAUUCCUAUAUAUUUUAUGUAUAAAAUCUAAACAAAGGCAUCACAAUACUAUUUAACUAUUAGGAUACUAUAAUAAUUUUAUUGAAAAAGUAAUUCAACUCUUUAACAUAUCUUGCUUGAUUUAUAUUAUGUCAGUACAGUAGGACUCCAAAUCUGACACCAGUGAGCCUAUACAAUCCAUGCUAGGUCAGCAAUACUGUUCUAUUUUACUGGUAUCCAUUUUUAAGUCAAGACAGUUAUCUUUUACUAGUUACAUUGGAUUUAAAAGUUUAAAUAAAAUUAUAAUUUAAAUCAUGUUAUGAAAAAAUCAUGUAUCCUUAUUGAAGACAUUUAAUAAAUAAAAUUAUGAAAAAUUGGUGUAAAUUAAUAACUAAUAAAAAAACUAAAUGUUUCUAAUUGAACUGUCUGUUAUGCAUGUGUAAGAUUUAGCAAUAAUUUAUAUAAAAAUAAUAGUUUUUGAAUCUACUCUCAUAUAUUUUUAUGUUUCAACAUGUGAUGCACUGGAAUUAACCAUUUAUUUUUAAUGUUAAAUAAUAAUAAAAUUUGGAUUUAAUAUUAAAUUGUGUAUAUAAUGUAAAUGUAGCAGAAUAUUGGCAGUAAAUAAUUUUGUCAAACUUUGUGUUUUGAAAAUCGCAAUCGGAUAAAUUAUUUGGU